CAACGUGGGAGACGCGAAAAUGUGAAGUUGUUUUGAACUUGUGAGGUUACUCACUUACGAUACUCGCUUAUUUACUGGUCGUAACUUCACACAUCAUAAACUCGGUGUUACUGUGGACCUCCGUGGAGCUCGACCAUGAUGCCGGGAGACAGCCAGAGCAGGACUGUGGCCAUCGCCGCGGACGCCACUUUUGGAAACUGUCAGAACUGCUCUGUUCUACAGCAGAAUCUGACCGAGUAUGUGACCUCAUUUCUGGCUCUGAAACAGAAGAUUACCGUCUCGGAUGACACAAUUAGGCUUCAGCAACAGUUGGAGGAGCUGCAGAUCCGGUUGGGUUCUUUGGAGACAAAGACAGCAGAUUAUGAAUGUGUGCAAGCAGAACUGGAAGAGAAAAAGAAUGCUCUUAAGACCUAUGUGGGUUUGUCUGAAGAAAUGGAAAACCUGAAGCAAAGAAAUGCCAAGAUACUUGCAGAGAAUAAAGAGCUUGCAGAUCAACUCAAGGGUGUAAAAGAUACAACGGAAACACAAUCACUUGAAAAUUUACAGCUCAGGAAGGAAAAGGCUACUGUGGAAAAUGACUUGAAGAAAACCCAGGCAUCUUUGAAGAAAUGUCAGACACAAGCAGAGAAAGUUGAAAUGUUGAUGAAGGAAAAAUCCAAGAUGACAAGCAUAAAAGACGACCUUGAAAACAAAGUGAGACUUCUCGAAGAUUCGGUUUGCAAGCAGAAUCUGCAAAUAUCCCAGCUGACCAAAGAGAAGAACCUGCUUGAAAGAAACAUUGAUGACCUCCAGGUGAGACUGAGGAGACUGGAAAGAGAAAGGAGUAAAGAAUAUAGAAGCGUGACAACUCAGGCAAGUGCGCCCACGGAGCCCAGAGUUGACAAAGACAAGUUCAAGGCUCUGUUGGAGAAUUUGUGGGCAUGUGUACAGCCAGAGCAGAAGCAGACUGACAACCAGUUGCACUGUGCAGAUUCCAGCUUCAAGCAGCUUUUUCCUUCUACACCACAAAAGAAAUUGAAUUCUCAUGAGAAAGAAAUGACUCUGCCAGCUUCUUGUAAAAUCAGUGACUCCUCCAGUUCCCACACAGCCCGGAAAUUAUCUCCACAAGCACAAAAAGCCAUUGAGCACCAAGUAUCACCUCAGCGAUUAAGAGGGAAAAAACUAUCAAGUUCUCAAAAAAGGGCCAAGCGAUCACCAAAGAAAGACAAAAAUGAGUUAGUCACCGACGUGAACAACCUGGAAAUGUCUAUCGAGGAGAUAUUGGCAUUAUUUAAGCCUGUGCCUCCCUGCUUAUCGCCCCUACGAGAUGUGGUGGAAUCUAUGGAUAUUGAUGACAAUGAAAAGGAAACUCAUCCUACACUGACAGAGGACCGUUUGCCUCUCGAACAAGAGGAGUCCUUCCACACCGCCACACCACUGUCCAGUCAGAAGAACACUACUGCUUUUCCAGCAGAGGAGGACACGGACUCGCCGAUGGCCACAAAUAACGACAGUGGACACAUUUCAAAUGAAACAGGCUCAAAACACUUAGAACAGAGUGUGUCGAGUUCUCAAAUGAAGGAUAAAAUGAAUGCAAUCAAUGAAAAUGGAUAUACUGAAGGAGUCAUAGUGACUGAGCCGGAGCCAGCAUCUGCACCAUCAGGAUCCACAACAGAACCGUCGGCGUCUUUGUUCAACGGCACAGUUGUGAUUGAACCUGUUUCAGUACCUGAUAGUUUGAUCAUCGGUGAUGCCAACAGCACAUCUGGAGCUAAACCAGGAAAUUCCACUGCGGAGGUAAAGCAGGAUCAGUCUGAGAGUCUCAUCAAAAUGGAUUUAGACACAAACCAUCGCAGCGACACUGAUGCAAGAACAGUCACUCCUGCUGAUGGAGAGUCACUCAAAGGAGGAGAUGCUACUGCGAUGUCCAGUGAAGCAUUACCAGUGUCACUAGCAACCUCCUCACCAUUUACAAAUGAUGUGACGGAAACCGAUUCCCCCAGAACAGAAAGAACGUCGGAUGGUGAGAAGAGUGAAGGCGGAUCUGCAAUCAAGACCCAGAAAAGUAUUGAGUCUUCACAGAAAGACCAAGAAAUGGCAAAAGUUUCUCUUUGUGCAGCCAGUGACCAUCAUGAAUCUAAUGAAAUGGUUGAACAGAGGACAGAAAUCAUUGAGUCAGCCGUGGUUCUUGCAAAGGAAAAUGGAAAAGCAAUACAAGAAACUGCUGGAGAUGGUAUGGAAGCUUUUCCUAUUCAGUCAAAUGGUGGCAAAAAAUUGCCAUCUCCCAUGAAAUCUCCACUGCUGAAGGAAGAUCAGGAACAUGGCCAAGCUAUAGUGUCAGUACCUUCAAAGAAUCUCACGAGCAUAGACACAAUGGAAAUAGAGAUGAUGGAAGAUCAUGGAUCGGCCCUUUCAGACCUUCAGGAGAAGCAAACUCUGGACUGUCAAUCCUCGAAGGAAAAUGCAGAUUCUCCUUGCACGCAGUUGAGUCCAACAUGUGGAUCACCCACUAUAAAAUCGCAAACUGUAGAAAGCGAGACCGACCCAUCACAAUUGAAGACAGAUGCUAACUCUGAAUGUAUUUCAAAUAAAGAAAUCCCUGUUCCUAUUUCAGAGAAAGAAGCCACAUUUCAAAGAAAUAUUGUCCAAGACUUCCAUCAGGACGGCGUAGAUUCUGGUAGUGCUGUCUCAUUUAAUCACAAUGCUGCUCCGACACACAAACAAAAAGAUUUGGAGUCUUGUGCAGAGAAGUGUAAAGAGCAGGGUUCAGAUUCUGAUGAGUGUAAAAAGGAGAACAAAACAGUAAAUUCAAAAACAGAGUGCAUGAGCCAGAUUCUCUCUGAAGUGGGUUCUCCUCUUCCUCCUCUCUUGACCCCCCUCCUCACUCCUCCAAAGAUGCCUGUAUCGAUCAACCCAAGGCAUGCAAUUGGCAAACUGUUGUUUCCGUCACCCAUGGAUACACUGAACUCACCUUUGACCCCUGUGCCAGCCCACCUGACGCCCAACGGUCAGCAGCAGAGCUCUUCCUCUCUGAACAGCCCGGUGCCUCCAAACGGAGUCCCCUCAUCGCCUCUUCAGUUCGGCUCAGCCACGCCGAAGCACGCUGUUCCAGUCCCCGGUCGCCUCCCCGUAGCGGCAGUGAAUUCCUCCCAGUCAUCUUCCACCAGUCACUCUCAGGAAAACUCCAUGAGGAUCCUGGACAGCAUGUAUCCAGAGCUGUCUGCUCGAGCCCGGACUCUCAGCAUUCUCAGAGGCAACGUCGGUCUCGCAGUCGGUCCGUCAGACGGUGGAUCUUCACCCAUGGCGGCAGAUAGUCAGGUGUCCAGCUUUAAAACUCUGAAUUCCACUUCCACGGCCUUCACCAACACUGUCAGGGGGGAAAAAAGACCAGCCAACAGUUUGCUCCAACCUGUAAGCAAAUGUCUCCGGCUUGACAGCAGCUCAGCUGAUGCUGUUGGCAAGCAUGUGCUUCCCCCGUCUUCAAACGGUGGAGGGAACUCUGCCUCGUCCCAGACUCCCAAUGUCAGGCAGCCAGAAAAUGACCCAAGCUCUGGCUCACCGGAGACCGGAGAGCGUGCCAAGCAAAACCUUAUAGUUGACUCUUUAAAGAAAAUCGAAAGCCAGUGCUUUGAUCUGAUGCCUGUGAUCCGGAGCCACCUGCAUGUCGGUAACCUGCCAAAAAAACCUGUGCUGAGAGACGAGGAGAAGGAGGUCAUCUCUGAGAUUUGCAUCAGCAGCUCACACAUGGCAGAUGAGAUGAUUUUAGCCAUCCUCAACAGACUGAAAACCGGAAAACGUGAGCUGAGCAGGAGCAGCAUGCAGGCCCUUUGCCGGGUCUACACCGGGAUCUGUAGACAGAAGAGAGACCACGAAAAGGCUCGCCUUCUGGCUUAUAGCAUUCUCACUGAAGAUUUCCCAGAGUGUUCUCAGCUGGUUUUGUUUAUAGUGACAACAUGGCCCACCGUCCUUUCACACAGCAGUUCCCUGUGCCAGGCCAUUCAUACCGUCACAAAGCUGAAAGCCACAGAUGAGGUUCUCAGCUGCCUUUCACCGUUCCUGGGUUGGGAGAAGAGUCCUCCAUGUGACAUUGACCAUCUGAUCUCCAGGACUCUGUCUGAGAUCCAGUCAGGCGUAAAUCUGUCUUUCACAAAGCACAGUCGGUACGGGGAUGACCUGGAUACAGUGGCUUGGGAGCGCGUCCUCACACUGCACCUCCUUUGCUCGCACAAGAAGUGGAAAUGGACUUACGAACAUUUACUAGGGAAGGAGGUGUGGCCAAUAAUGAACACUUGGGUAACACAGCCAAGAGAUCAACAAGAGCCGGUGUCCGACGUGACUGUGGCCACUGUACUCCGACUUAUAGGGUGCCUUUGCCAGCUUGGACUCAAAGAGAAGUCUGUCACCUCUGUGGCAACAGUUGCUAAUGUCAUCAACACGUUUGGUCAGCGUGGACACAGGGAAGGUGUGCCAUGGGAGGUCCAGCUCGCAGCAGUCUACUGCAUCUACGACGUGUCUCCCUGCAACCCCAAACACGCCCUCGAUGCCCUGGCAGAAUGGAGAGGAGACGUGUCUCAAAGCGUGCCUCCUGCAGUCACCAGCUGCAUUAACCAGUUAGCCUCCAUUUGUCGACAAGUCAAACACUAGGAAAUGCAAAACCUCACAUAAGCUUUGUUCUUCCACAUUUUAAAAUGUAGCAAGUGUGACAGCAGCGUUCACUGCACUGUCUUGUAGCUAUUUACAAAUUGUACGAUAUCUUAGAACUUAAUAUUUAAUUAUGUUUACAGACUUGAAGACUUGUUUUUUAAAUGCUCAUUUCAUCUGAAGGAUGUCAAAGUCGUAGGUUCUUCUCAGAUGUGGUGGAAACACUUGUUCAUUUUUUUUAAAUACCCUGUAAUUUGAAUCAGCCACAAACUGCAACAAGUGUACAGACACGUCUUUGUGCUACUCUGCAAUACUCAGGUUCAGCUGUAAAUAUUGUACAGUCAUUAGGUUGCAGUGCUAAUGUAAAUGUUUUCUUUAAAAUACAUUGUGUAAAUAAGGGAUAUAUGUUUAUAAUCAAGUAACAUAAUCAUAAAAUUAUGGCGCUGUACCAUUUGAUGUUUCAGAGAAUUAAAAGU